ACUCCGGUGGUUCGCCGGCAAAAAUCAAUACGACGACGAUAGCACAGGGGUUGGAAGGGUGCGGGUGUCAGUCGUGCUUUGACCACGUCGAAAACAUUGUCAAGAUAAUGGGGAUAAACAAAGUCUGAGGCUAUUUGUCAUAACAAUUCUAUUAAUUGUACGAUAAUUUUGGGGUUGAUUUGUCUCUCGCUGGUGGAUGAUGUCCACUGGAGGUGCGGAAUGCUGAUGUCAGAGUGUCAACAAGUUGUCCGUAUGGCGAUUUAGGAAAGUUCCUGAGGUGUCAUGGAGGACAGUGGAAUCGAUAGUGAUCCGAAACCUGUCAAUCAUGGAGAGGACGAGAGGUUUUUUUUGACCAGUGACAGCAGCAGCAGCAGCAAUCAGCCCCAGCUGUCAAGAUCCUCCACGAAGCAGCUGCAGAAAAAAUUGGAGGCCAGGAUCGAGCAGGCGAAGCGCAUCCAGCGGAGCUUCGACUACAUUAAGCUGUCUAAUACCGAUAAAAGCAUCAUGGUAUCCAGCAAUUCGAGUGGAUUAAUCCCCAUUCAGAGGCUCCCCAUUCCCCACAAGAGCAACGAGCAUCAUCCACUGGUCGAGUACUGGAGGAGCGACAGCGAAAGUGAAGAUGAAACGACAUUAUUUCCAAUUUCACGUGGCAAAGACAGUUCAAAGCACAAACAAGAUCUCACGGAUACGUUUAGUAUCGAGGAGUUGAGUGAGGGUAGUGAGGACUCGCUGAAUCUGGGUCCAACAAAAUCAACUUAUCCCCACACACGUACAUACAGACCAAGUGGCUGUUUCAACUGUCACUGUCACAUACUCUGAGAUGUCAUCGAGGGCAAAUGCUUCACCUUCCGAGGAACAUGAAGAACAAAUACGUUAAAUAGUCUUCAAGAACGUGAAUUCUAUUUUCGUAAUUUGGAUUUUGUGGUGGGAUUUUUGUUGGCUUUCGAGCUUUAAAAUGCGCACAAUUCAAGGCGUUUUUCGUUUAAUGAGGGAUGGGGGGGUCGUUAAUGAGUGCAUCAAAGGGGAGAGAGUAUAUGUACAUGUGUACUUUAUGAAAGUUUAUUAAUCGAGAGGUUUAUGGAGGGAGGAUGUCAAGAAAUAAAGGGAUGAUGGCCAAACGAUUGUCUAAUCUACUGAUUUUUUCGACUUAAUAAUUUAUAAAUGAAAAGCUCGUGUCAAUAAUUUAAUAAAAACAAUUUCAAUCGCUUUCAUUAUCUUACCAUUCUUUAAUUACCAUAAAUCCCAAUCAACUAAAAGUAUUUUUUCAAAAUAUUU